AUGGAUCCUCAGCGCUUUUAUGGUAAAAAACGUCCUGCAUUUUCCAUCCCAGAGAGUAGUGAAGAUGAGAAGGCAUCGGAUGAUGAAACUUAUAGAAACCCAGGUCCUGAGAUUUUCAUUCCAGAGAGCAGUGACGAUGAAAUCGCUUCAGAUGAUGAUCGUGGAAAUGUAGGUGAAUUUGAAGAAAUUUAUUUAGAUGACGACGCUCUUGAUAAUGAUUGCGACGAAUAUAUUCCUUAUGAAACGGAAGAAGAAGAUAUCUCAAGCAAGCCUUCUACGUCAAAACAGCGCACAGGAAAUAAGAGAAAGAAGGUUAAAUGUGUAUGGUCUGAUGAAAGUAUGGCGUAUGACGAGUCACAUAUUGCGUUUUUAGGAUGCCAAGAUCUCCCAAAUGAAAUUAUGAAACUCGAAGCGCCCAUGGAUUUCUUUAAAUUUUUAUUUCCUUCUUCAGCGAUUAAUUUAAUUGUAAGGGAGAGCAACUUAUAUGCUGAUCAAAUCACCGAAAGCAACCACAAUGAAGUCACGGAAGAAGACAUACGUAAAUUUUUAGGCAUAAUAAUUUAUAUGUCUGUGGUGCAUCUUCCAACAACACGUCAUUAUUGGAAGGAAGGUACAUACAUUGAAAAGGUGGCUUCAGCAAUGACUUGUAACAAGUUUGAAGAAGUAAAAAGGUUUUUACAUUUUUUUAACAAAAAUGAUGAGUUGGAGUCCGGUGAUCCAAAUUUUGACCGGUUACAAAAGAUACGCCCUUUCCUUAAUAUAUUGCGUGAAAGACUGUUACAAGUGCCUAAAGAAGAAUACUUGGCAAUUGAUGAACAAAUGAUUCCUACCAAAGCACGUACUUCUGGUAUGAGGCGUUAUAAUGCCAAAAAACCACACAAAUGGGGCUACCUCAAUUAUGUGCUAAGCGGAGCCAGUGGCUUUAGCUACGAUUUUGAGGUUGAUACUGGAAAACACCCUGAUCCGCCAGAGAACUGCCCUGACCUCGGAAUACCAGGAAACAUUGUCCAGCGUUUGUUAAACACUGUUCCUCAAAAUCUUAAUUAUAAAAUUUUUGUGGACAAUUGGUACACUAGUUUGCCUUUGAUGGCCAACUUGCAUAAAAAAGGACUCCUUCCUUUAGGAACAAUUCAGCUCAAUAGAGCACCCAAUAUAAAUAUAGAAAAAAAAUCUAUUAUGAAAGAAGAAAGAGGAUAUUGUGCGGAAAAAUCUACCAUUUAUGAGGAUGUCAAAUUAACCGUUACUACUUGGGUAGACAAUAAACCUGUUAGCCUGUGUUCUUCAUACGUAGGCAAAGAACCCAUGGCAAUGGUGAAAAGAUUUUUAAAGAAAAAAAGGGCCAAAAUUGAUAUCCCUUGCCCAAAGGCUAUUACAAUUUAUAAUAAAUAUAUGGGCGGCGUAGACUUAUUAGAUUCUAUGCUAGGUUUUUAUAGGAUUAAAAUUCGAAGCAAAAAGUGGUAUCACAGAUUGUUCUUCCAUUUUAUAGACCUAGUCUGUGUAAAUAGUUGGUUAUUGUGGAGACGUAGAACCAAACAAAAAGGUGAAGACAUGUACAUACCCUUGCUGGAUUUUAAAUUAAUGGUGGCAGAAAUUCUGAUGCAAGAAGAUUCCAGAGUUUUUACACCAACUCGCAGAGGACGACCGCUAAAUGCAAAUAUAGAAAAUAUUAAAAAAGACAAAAAACGACGCCGCAUUGAAUUGCCUCCUGUUGAAGUAGCCGAAGAUGGCUUUAAUCACUGGCCGGAGUGGAAGACUGACCGACAAAGAAUAUGCCUUCAAAAUGGGGCCACAUAUCCAAUUUUUGAAAAUUUUGAUCAAGAUAUUCGAUCAAAAAUAUCAUUAUGUUUACAUGUAACUAUUGAAGAUAUAGAAGGAUAUCCUCGUGUGAUAUGUAAAAAUUGUAAUGAAACACUUGACGUUCUUUAUAAUUUUAUUAAUAAAUUCAAGGAAAAUUGCGAGAUACUACAAAAUGGAUUGUUAAAUGUCAAACAAGAAGAGAUAUCUUUAGAAAGUAGCGUAUUUCUUGAAGAAGAAGAUGAAACAGACUUCAAAUAUGAAUGUGUGGAUCAUUUGGACGAUUUAAAAAUAAUUGGUGUCAAAAAUGAACCAACAGUUGAUUUGAAACCACACAACAAUACAAAUUACCAAACUAAAUUAAACAUAUCACAAGUUAAAGUUAAAAGAAAAAUUCAAGUAGAAAAAGAAAAUGCUAGGAAAAAAGUCUGUAAAAGAAAACUUCAAAAAAAUAAAACCAACAGAAUAGCAACUUCUAUUUUAGAAGCUGAAUAUACAUGGACUGGAGAAGAAUGGUGUUUGAGUGCAAACAAAAUUGUGCUUCCAACCCAACAGAGUGUAAGGCAAUUGCAAAAAGUAAUAAAAACAAAAUUGCCUAAAGUAAAGAAACAACCUCCACCUAAAUUAUGCGAUCUUUGUGGUGAAGUUUUUAAAGAUCAAGAUAAGCUAUCGGUGCACAAGAAAAAAGUGCAUUUCAAAAAGCCUGUAAAGUGUCCGAAAUGUCCCCGGUUUUGUGCCUCUGAAUAUUAUUUGAAGAGGCACAUGAUGCGAAAACAUGAGAAUAAGAAACCGUUUGUUUGUGCAUCAUGUGGAAGAGGAUUUGCAUUUAAAGGAGAAUUAACAAGUCACUACAGAAAUGUUCAUAACAAGAACUUAAAACCUAAGAAAAUAUUUGCCUGCAAAAUUUGUAACAAAACUUAUAAGUGUGCUAAAUCAGUCAUUGUUCAUGAGAGAUCUGUACACACAGGUGAUCGACCAGCAGUAUGUUCAAUAUGUGGUACUAGUUUCUUCCAUGAAGAUUACCUCAAAGAGCAUAUGAGACUCCACACUGGCGAAACUCCAUUCAAAUGCCCCAUUUGUGGACGGGGUUACGCUCAACGGUGCAAUAUGAAAAGUCAUCUAAGAAUACACAGAGUGUCAGAGCUAGAUGCAGCUACUUUAAGUAAACUAAAACCAAAUUAUUUGAAAUUGCUUAAGUCUGCUUGGGCAACCAUAUCGAUAACAAUGACCUUCGAAGUUGAAUGUAAUUCUGACACAUUUUCGACAGACCAAGUUUUAACUACACCACUAGAAGAUGUGCAAAGUACUGGAGACUGA